GGACACUUGACAAGACGCUGGUUGACAACAGGUGAGACGGAGUUCAUGACAGAAACGCGGCGAGCGAAGCGUCUCCGGGGGAUUAAAUAUGAUUAUAUGAGAGGACGGUAGCGGCCCGAAAAUCCAGACGGCCCCUUUGGAAUUGGAAGAGGAUGGGACGUCCCACGGUGCUUUUGUUGCCUGCGAGAGGAAAACUUCAAUCACUUCGUCGCUCCGCAUUCAUUGGUCUGGACGUAUUUCACCGAGCACCUCGAGGUGCCGUCUGAUUGGCCCUUCGAUCGCUCUGUGAAGACUCCUCGUCCAAUCAUCCGCCGCCUGCAGCGUCUCCUCUGCAGCAGAUUCUGCUUCAGCGCAACAACACAGACGGGUAGAGAAGGACAGAUCGACGUUUCACCGCAGCUGAAUCAGGACUUCUUCUUCUCCAGCGAUCUUCAGCAUGGAGGUGCCCAGGAGGCCUCAGCCCUCCUUCACACUGGCUCUCCCUAAGCCGGCUUCAUCUUCUCUGUCUCCCCUGGGAGCUAUCCAGAAGGCCUUUAAGAAAGACAAGCUCCAGGAGCAGAGGGACGAAACCACCGAGGAGGGAGAUCAGCUCGUCAGCUCAGAGUCGGACACAAUCAAGUCGCAGGUGUCCGCGUUUGUGGCGGCGCCGGAGGCUUCCUCGGAACUCGUCGACACGAAAACCGUCCCGAGGAAUUUAAGACUCUGCUCGGUGGAGAGUUUCUCAGAGGAGAGUUCGAUGUCGGAGGAGAGGCUGGCCGAGGAGGCCGCGGAGGCCAAGAAGAAGUCUGAAGAGGAGGAAGCCGCAGCUAAAGAGAGGGCGGCCCAGAGGCAGCAGAUGGCCAUAGAGGAGCUGGUCCAGUCUGAGAGGAAUUACCUUCGGAUGCUGCAGCUCAGCACCGUCACUAUCAGGAGCAACCUGCACAAACUACAGCCUCCUCCAGCCAACCUGGACAGCAUGUUCCUCUACAUAGAGGAGGUCAUGGACGUCUCGGGCCGUUUCCUCAGCCUUUUGGACCAGAAGCAGGUUCAAUCUGCGGACCCUCACUUCCUGGAGAACCUCUGCGAAUCGUUCCUCAGCCUGUCUUCUGACAUCGAAGCAGCCUACAAGGAAUACUUGGCCAACUACAAUAAUGUUUCCGUGGUGGAGAACAGCUACAAACAGAAGGAGGCCCUCUGGAAUGAGAUUAUAAAAGUCAUCAAGGCCUCAGCGCCUGAGGUCAACGCCACCUCUCUGAGUUUCUUCUUGGUGAUGCCCGUGCAGCGGAUCGCCCGCUACCCCCUCCUCCUGCAAACCAUCCAGAAACACACUGAGCCGACCCACCCGGCCUAUUCGCUCCUGGAGCAGACGGCUCACACCUCCAUCGCCCUGAACUGUCGCAUAAACGAGUACAAACGUUUCAAGGAAGUCGCUGACAAAUACAAGAAGACGGAAACUCUGACCAUCAAGGACAAGAUCAACCGCCUCAACACCCACAGCAUCGCGAAGAAGACAGCGAGGCUCAGCCAGUACUUCAAACACGAGGCAGGAAUAGCUCCUAAGCUGGUGGACGAGGAGUUUGACGCCCUGGAAGGCUUCUUUUACGUCCUGGAGAACGGGAUCCUACAGCUUCUGGAGAACGUGGAGACAUACCUGCAUCAUCUCCAGAUGUUCCUGGACUGCGAGACGGAAAAGUUUGACUUUGACAUGGAUGGAGAGAAGGCACCUAUCUGCUACAAGGAGAUCACCACAGCACUCAGGCAGUGGAUCCUUCCUACAUUCGAGAAGAGGAUGAGAACGUUGAUCCACAAGCCGCUGUGUGCGCUCCGCGACCUCCUGGCGGGACCGAGGAACCUGAUCAGGAAAAGACUCGACAAGCUGCUCGACUAUGAGGUCAUUGAAGCUAAACCCAGUCUGAGCUACGAGGAGCAGGCUGUGGCUAACACAUACAGGACGAUGAACACGCUGCUCCUUAACGAGCUUCCUCAGUUCAACGGCCUGGCUCUGCAGAUGAUCUGGAGCAUGUUGGGGACGUUCAGCUGCCUCCACAAAGACCUCGCCUCAGACAUGGAGCAGCUGUUCCAGAGUUUUGCACAACAGCUUCCUCACAGCUACCUCCAGCCUGGUGCAUUCUGGGAGUGGGCAGAGUCCUCAGUGCUUGAAGGUGCGAGGAAGCUGCAGACUUUAUGUCAAAGCGUCGAAGACACGCUCAAUGCACCAUUUGUCCAGCCUCUGAGCCCGUCCUCUCAGCGCCGCCUGAAGCAGCUGAUGGAUAAGCACGGUUCUGGAAAGAUCUACCAGGUAAUGGCGACAGUGGUGGGCAGCCGGGACCUGGACCUGAGCCUGGCUAAAGGGGAACUGGUGGCUGUCAUCAGCGAGGCCGACACCCGCGGGGACAAGAAGAGAUGGCUGGUCGAUGCAGGAGGCAGAAGAGGUUACGCUCCCGCCUCAAAGCUGCUUCGCUACCACCAGCCGACCGAGGACCCGCCCCCUUCGCCACACCUGACCCUGCCUGAAAGUCAGAACGGAGCCAGGAGACACUCGUACACCCCAGAGAGCCAGACGCUGAGAGUCAUGAGCCAGCCCUGCAUCCAGGUGUUGGCUGCCUACGACUUUAAGGCGAGAGGGAACCAUGAAGUGACUCUGCAGGCCGGCGAGUCCGUCCGCGUCCUGGAGCCCCACGACAAACGGGGGAACAGCGAGUGGAGCCUGGUGGAGGUGAGAGGGGGCCAGCGAGGCUACGUGCCCUCCAACUACCUCACAAUCAUGCCCGCGGGCACAGGGCCCGGCUUCCGCUACUAGGAGGGAGAGACCAGCUUAGACCAGCUUGUAACGAACCUGCAGCUGCUUCUUGAACAGUAGCAUUCAUCCACAACUGGAUACUGCUACUUUCAGUUCAGUGUCAAAAUCAGUGUUUUUAAACCGAACAACUGCUUCUUAAUCCACGAUAAUGCGACGGCCACUGUGUGCGCUACGAGCCUCCUGGACAUAAUUUAAGACAUGUCUGCACUAACCUGGACGCCUGCGUUUUGGAAAUAAGUUCCUGUUUGAAGUCGUUUGGCAUAAACCACAACCAUCAACAUCAAACAGUACUAGACUGGAAUAUGUGCAAUAACUGCUGUAAAUCUAAAAAAAGUGAUGCAAAUGAAGGAAGUAUCAGCCCCCGGCGCUGGUUGUGCUGGGGAAGGACUGUGACUUCAGGCCCGAGGACGAUCUGAGCUGCACUGAAAAAAAAAAUGAUUAUUAGGGCUUUUGUUACAAAGCACCAGAGACGUUAUGAAGGAGCCGCUUAAUCUGAAGGAGAGGACAGAAAAUGUAGGCAUGUCCUUGACUCAUUUCCCAUGAUCCUCAGCGGGAGACGGGGACACUUGAAUCGGGGAAAAAAGAGAGAGACUGCAUGUUCUCGUGAGAGAGUCUCUGCGUUAGAAAACUAAAUGCGACACAGAAUAAAUAGAUUGUGUGUGUGUGUGUGUGCACGCUGAGUCUCCUCCUCCUCCUCCUCCUCCUCCUCCUCCUCCUCUUCCUCACCUGGAGGCCGGAGCGCUGCUGCAUUGAGACUGACAGGUACACUGUGCUCUCAUCAUCUCAGACUGUGUAAUAUAAUGUAAAUGUAAAAUGUCUCUAGGGCCGAGUAGGAGAGCGACACGAGGAGAGAGGAGGAGGAGAGGAGAGGAGAGGAGAGGAGAGGAGAGGAGAGGAGAGGA